CAGCCGCCUGCCUCUCUCUGCAAGGUUCCCUCCUCCUUCACCUCCCCCUCCCUGCCCCACACAAUACCCAGGAGCUUGCCUUGCUCGGCUCUGGGGCCAUGCUGACAUGCUGACAUCGCCCCCUGAGGACUUGGCCGCAGCCCCAGAGCCCCCAGGGUGUCCCAGAGCCCUGGACUGUGCUGGCAGCAGGACGGAGCUCCCUGGCUGAGAGAUGCGCUACACACAAUAUGAACACAGCUUGUCCCUCUUAGCUCCCCAGCAUUGAGGUUGGGUGGGCCAAACCCCUGGAGGGCCACAGGGCUGGCAUCCCAGCUAGAUGGGUCAUUCUUAUUACCCCUUGUCCUGAGCAUAGGUGGAGGCUGACACACUCCUGACUUCCCCGCUAGGGACCCGCCUCCAGCUUCAUCUCCCCGGGAAGCCUUCUAUGUCCCCUCCCCACAUUCACCUAGCCUUCUCCUCUGCGGUCUUAACUGGCGGUACCCCUGCUGCAAAGCCUCAAUGUUUUGCCGACUUAUCCCUGCGAAUGAUGGGAGAGAGGAUCCCUCCCUGCCCUCCAGGGGCUUCCAGAACCCAAGUGCUAGAAUCUCCCAGCAUACCAGGGGGCAGGGGGCAUGUGUACAUGCCUGCACAUGUGUGCCCCCAGAAGCAAGCAGGACUUCUGUGUCGAGGACUCCUGAUUCCUGCAGAGAAAGAGACCUGUCUGCGGGCAGGGGCCUCCUUCCACACACUCCUACAAUGUAAUGUGUGUCUCAGCCUCGCUCCUUCAUCUUCCCCAUCUGUGUGAAGGCCUGAGCCGCAUUCUGUCUAGAGAAAGACUGAUGGUAAUAAAAAUACUAUCCUGUUUGUCAGAUAAGGACACAGUCUCAGGGAGACUUGCUCAGAUGGGCACUCUUCAGGCUAGAGGGACAGAGGCUGACGGUACAAGCCAGAGUGGCCACUAUAGAGACGGUCCCUUUGGAGCAGCCAGUCCUCUUCUUCCCACCCUCCCAGGCAGCGGGGUGAAGGGAGCGGGAGGAAGCAGUUGAGAAGCUGUGCAGAGAGACUGGGGCCUGCCACAGACCCAGCUAUCUUUCACUGGGUCCUCUUCUCCCUCCCUGUCUCCAACAGUGACUGACACUGUCACUGCUCAGGCCAAGGCUUUCUCUCAAAGUGCACUAGGUAUUUCAGCCAGGGAGCAGUUACCUAUUACCUCCUCCAGGAAGUCUUCCUGGAAUACCCAGGUUGAGUUGAGCCCAGCACCCUCCUCUGAUGGUUCCUCUGGCUUGGCUCUUGCCAACCUGGAUUGUAACUGUUUUCGUUUUUGGCUCUCCCACUAGACUGGCAGCCCAUGGGCAUGAAAUGUUUGUCCAUCUGUCUCCCUGGGUUUUCUGGGCUUCAUCUGUGUCUCUGAGGAUCUGGUUGGCCUGAAAUUGUCAGUGUCUCUGUCUCCAUCUCUGGGUCCCUGAAUGUCUCAGCAUCUGUGGUUUUUCUGUUUUUGAAUGUCUUGGGGUCUUGGUUUCUGAGUUACUGGCUAAGUGGUCUCUGUUUCUCUAGGUCUCUCUCAGUCUUCAUCUCCUGGCUCUCCUGGUCCUGCCAGGCUGGGCACUGCCCCUUUGGCCUGAGGGGGCCUCUGGGGGGUCCUGGCUGCCCGGCCUGCCCACAGCGAGGCCAGGCUAGGGUAGGCCCCCGCCCAGCCCGCUGCCUGCUCCCUCCCUCCCUCCCUGCUUGCCUCACCACAGGGUUUGAUGAAUCAAACUCUUUGUCUGGGUGGGAUCUCCCCCAGCCAGCUGGGCAGAGAGAGGGCUUCCCCUGCCGGAACAGCCAAACAGCAUCAGCAGCGGGCCUGGGCCCGGAGAGGGCCAGGUGGUGGCAGAGCAAAAGAGGAAUGGACUGUGGGCCACCUGCUACCCUCCAGCCCCACCUUACUGGGCCACCUGGCACUGCCCGCUGCCCUGUAGCAGUGUGCCAGCAGGAAAGCCUGUCCUUUGCAGAGCUGCCCGCCCUGAAGCCCCCGAGCCCAGUCUGUCUGAACCUUUUCCCUGUUGCCCCCGAGGAGCUUCGGGCUCCUGGCAGCCGCUGGUCCCUGGGGACCCCUGCCCCUCUCCAAGGGGUGCUAUGGCCAUCAUCCCCAGGAAGCUCAGAUACAGAGAUAACUGGCGGGGGGAUGCGGCCCAGCAGGGCUGGCAGCUGGCCACACUGUCCUGGUGCCCAACCCCCAGCUCUGGAGGGACCCUGGAGUCCCCAGCACACACAGCCACAGCGCCGGGCCAGCCACGGCUCAGAAAAGAAGUCUGCCUGGCGCAAGAUGCGGGUGUACCAGCGUGAAGAGGUCCCCGGCUGUCCCGAGGCCCACGCUGUCUUCCUAGAGCCUGGCCAGGUAGUGCAAGAGCAGGCCCAGAGCACAGAGGAGCCCAGGCCGCUGGAGCUGACUGGAUCCACCCGAGUGAGUCUCGAGGGUCCUGAGCGGAGGCGCUUCUCGGCUUCCGAGCUGAUGACCCGGCUGCACUCUUCUCUGCGCCUGGGGCGGAAUUCAGCAGCCCGGGCACCCAUCUCUGGGUCAGGCACCGGAGCAGCCCGGGAAGGGAAAGCAUCGUCUCGAAGUGUAGAGACGACGGGACCGGGUGUCGGGACCGGGUGUAGGGACCGGGUGUCGCGGCCAGCCCCUGGUGACUCACGAGAGGGCCAUGGCGAUUGGUCCGAGCCCAGGCUAGACACGCAGGAAGAGCCUCCUUUGGGGUCCAGGAGCACCAACGAGCGGCGCCAGUCUCGAUUCCUCCUUAACUCCGUCCUCUAUCAGGAAUACAGCGACGUGGCCAGCGCCCGUGAACUGCGGCGGCAGCAGCGCGAGGAGGAGGGCCCGGGGGACGAGGCCGAGGGCGCAGAGGAGGGGCCGGGGCCGCCGCGCGCCAACCUCUCCCCCAGCAGUUCCUUCCGGGCGCAACGCUCGGCGCGAGGCUCCACCUUCUCGCUGUGGCAGGAUAUCCCCGACGUACGCGGCAGCGGCGUCCUGGCCACACUGAGCCUGCGGGACUGCAAGCUGCAGGAGGCCAAGUUUGAGCUGAUCACGUCCGAGGCCUCCUACAUCCACAGCCUAUCGGUGGCUGUGGGCCACUUCUUAGGCUCUGCCGAGCUGAGCGAGUGUCUGGGGGCGCAGGACAAGCAGUGGCUGUUUUCCAAACUGCCCGAGGUCAAGAGCACCAGCGAGAGGUUCCUGCAGGACCUGGAGCAGCGGCUGGAGGCAGAUGUGCUGCGCUUCAGCGUGUGCGACGUGGUGUUGGACCACUGCCCGGCCUUUCGCAGAGUCUACCUGCCCUAUGUCACCAACCAGGCCUACCAGGAGCGCACCUACCAGCGCCUGCUCCUGGAGAACCCCAGGUUCCCUGGCAUCCUGGCUCGCUUGGAGGAGUCUCCCGUGUGCCAGCGUCUGCCCCUUACCUCCUUCCUCAUCCUGCCCUUCCAGAGGAUCACCCGCCUCAAGAUGUUGGUGGAGAACAUCCUGAAGCGGACAGCACAGGGCUCUGAAGAUGAAGACAUGGCCACCAAGGCCUUCAACGCGCUCAAGGAGCUGGUGCAGGAGUGCAAUGCUAGCGUGCAGUCCAUGAAGAGGACAGAGGAACUCAUCCACCUGAGCAAGAAGAUCCACUUCGAGGGCAAGAUUUUCCCGCUGAUCUCUCAGGCCCGCUGGCUGGUUCGGCAUGGGGAGUUGGUAGAGCUGGCACCACUGCCUGCAGCACCCCCUGCCAAGCUGAAGCUGUCCAGCAAGGCAGUCUACCUCCACCUCUUCAAUGACUGCUUGCUGCUCUCUCGGCGGAAGGAGCUAGGGAAGUUUGCUGUUUUCGUCCAUGCCAAGAUGGCUGAGCUGCAGGUGCGGGACCUGAGCCUGAAGCUGCAGGGCAUCCCUGGCCACGUGUUUCUCCUCCAGCUCCUCCACGGGCAGCACAUGAAGCACCAGUUCCUGCUGAGGGCCCGGACGGAAAGUGAGAAGCAGCGAUGGAUCUCAGCCUUGUGCCCCUCCAGCCCCCAGGAGGACAAGGAGGUCAUCAGUGAGGGGGAAGAUCGCCCCCAGGUUCAGUGUGUUAGGACAUACAAGGCACUGCAGCCAGAUGAGCUGACCUUGGAGAAGACUGACAUCCUGGCAGUGAGGACCUGGACCAGUGACGGCUGGCUGGAAGGGGUCCGCCUGGCAGAUGGUGAGAAGGGGUGGGUGCCCCAGGCCUACGUGGAAGAGAUCAGCAGCCUCAGCGCCCGCCUCCGAAACCUCCGGGAGAAUAAGCGAGUCACGAGUGCCACCAGCAAACUGGGGGAGGCCCCUGUGUGAGGGGCAGCCAUGGCCUGGGACAGCACCUCCAUGCCUGGUUCCCGGAUGGUUCUGGAGGGGCCUGUAGUGUCUCCAUGCCCCAAGCUGCUCCUGCUGGCACUUCACUUCUGUGGCCUUGGCAUUGAGGGCACAGGGUGGGCACAGGAAUGGGGGCACCUCCAGAGGGUAUCUCUGUCCUCCUGCUCCUCAGUGUCCACACUUCAAGGCCAACGGCAGUUUCUUCCUCUGACGUGGGGACCAUAACAGGUGAUCACUGAUACCUGGCAAGGACUGGGGCCCUCUACUUUCUGUGCCCUCAAUCCUGCCUGACUCUUGGUCCUUCUGGCAGGGACCUGGCUGGGGAAUGUUCUGGUGCUGGUGGUGCUGGGACCUAAAUAUAUAUUUAGAUAUAUCUGGCAUCUUGUCUACCACCUCCCCUGGCCAGAGCCCGAGUCGGUGCCUGGUUGCUGUGUCUUGUCUGUAAAUAAACUCCUAUCAUGCCUUUGCUUGGAGUCUGUGAUCCAUCUGAUGCUGCCCCACCCCCACAGUCCUGUUUUCCCAGCUAAAGACCAGGAGAGUCUCUGGCUGGCUCCCAACUAGGGCUUUGCAUGUCUCUAGAGUUCACCUCUGAGCUGUAAGAGGGUGACCAGGGGACAGGGGGACGAUUGUGUAUCAGCUAGGCUGCUUUCGGCUGCAAGUAACAAAAUGUCAGAUACAAAUAGGCUUAAACAUGAAAGAGAUUUGAUUAGUUCUU